AUGGAGAAGAAGAAAGGAAGAGUUAAGAGAAAGAGGAAGGAAAAACCCUCGGCGCGUGAAAAUCACCGUCCUCGUUCCUCAGACGCCGAUGCCAUUUUUGCUCUGUUACUCGCAUCACUCUCAAACAGUCCCAACUCUGUUAUCUUCAUCAACAAAUGCUUAUUCAAACUUCGCCGUUCUCUUCUUUUCUCGCAAACCUCGGUGACGUCCAUUCUGGCGUUGCUCCCAACCCUACUCCGCUCUACGCGUUCCGAAAUCGCCUGCCGCGCGGCAGACAUCAUCGGUGUCGCCUCGCUCGUUUCCUUCGAUGCCAACGAGCAAAUCGCUUCCGAUUCUGAAACCGUCAAGGGACUAAUCUCGCUGUUGCACUGUCGCAACAGAAAGGUUCUGUUAUCUGCCUGCAAUGCCGUUUUGGACUUUUCCACUACUACCUUCGCUCAACGACAAUUGCUCAAAUUUUCUGCUUUGAACAAAUUGAUGUUUGUGUUUCUUCAGAUUUUCAAGGGUUUGGAAUAUGUUUGUUUGUGGUCUGAGGGUGAUGGAAGUUUUCGCUCUCUUAAGAUUGGGUUUAAGGAAGAUAAACUGUCGUUGGUUUUUCUCACGGCUACUGUUGUUCUUAUCAAUGCCUGUGAAGUUGAGCAGCUACGGAGUAUCCCACAAAGUCUUUCUGAAGCAUUUCUGAGAAUUUUGAAACAGAUAAGGGUGAGAGUGAGUGAUCAAGAGGUGAUCAAAAGUGCUGGGAAAUGGAGUGAAGAAGGGCAUUUUUGUAAAAGCAGCGUUGCAGUUAGAAAUCUUGCGGAAUGCAUCUUUAGGCUUUCCAUUAAUGCUUCUCAACUUAUUGGCUCCUUGUCCUUUGAAGUGGUUCAAGGAGGUCUUUUUGGUGCGAGUGAUACUAGUUUUAAACAUUUUAUAUCCAAUUACUGGGAGGUUUCGCCUUUUCUGCUAACGAAAACCAUGAGGGAUCCAGAUAUGCAUGAUAUGUUUGGUGAAUUUGUUCAGUCUUUGAACUGGAAAGGGAGCGUUCCUGCCAUUCUUUCCUCAACUCUUCAAGGACUCGUGGCUUGUUUCCCUAUUGCCUCAGAUGAACAUAACAUUGUCCAUUUUCUGAAUGAGGCGAAAGAUGAACUUGGUUGUCCUAUAAUCUACCAGCAGGAUAUACGUGUUGUCAAAACAGAGAGCCAAUCAGGAAAAGAGAUGCAUUACUUUCGGGACUUUAAUUCAGGCUACGUUAAGGAACCUCUGUAUUUUACUUUUCAUGAGAUCUUAAAAUGCGAGCAAGCAUAUAACGAGGGCUAUACUGUUGCCCUGCGCGGUCUGGAGUUUCGCUUUCAGAGCAUUGCAGCUAUUGCAGAUGCAUUAGCACUUAUGUUUGGUCAACCUUCAGUUGGUGCUAACUUGUACUUAACACCCCCUAAUUCUCAGGGUUUGGCAUGUCACUUUGAUGAUCACUGUGUAUUUGUAUGCCAGAUUUUUGGCUCCAAGCAUUGGACUGUAUAUUCUCCACCCAGUCAGCUUUUACCUCGCUUAUAUGAUAAUUUACUUGGUUCUGAUAUUGACUGUAAAAAAGCUGGUAAAAGUGAGUUCUCUCUCAUGGAAGGUGAUGUAUUAUAUAUUCCCAGAGGUUUUCCUCACGAAGCUUAUACAAAAUCUGAUGUUGGUGACGGUUCUCCUGGGUUCUCAUUGCACCUUACCAUUAGUAUUGAGGUUGAACCUCCUUUCGAGUGGGGAGGAGUAGCUCAUUUUGCACUUCACCGCUGGAGUGAAAACCAGAAAAGACUGUUUCGUGACGACUCAAAUUUUUUGUCCCAAACACUUGUUCUAGUGUCUGUUAAUCUGUUACAUGUUGCCAUUGGUUUGAUUAGCGAUUUUGAUCCUAGCUUUAGGAAAGCAUGCUUGACUGCUGCAGUUUCCUUGCCGCCAGAUGUUUAUGAUAGUCUUUUUCAGGGUCAGAGAAACACUUUUUUGUACUUAAUUGAUAAAAUUCGUACUGAAUCUAUAUUCAUGGAAGUAAUGAGUAGCAUAGAGGUUGCACUUCAGAAAAAUGAAGAUCCAUUCCAGCGAAUCCAAUGGCUUUGGGUUCUUUGUUUGGAAAAAGAAGCCAGCAGUGAAUACAACAUCGAUAAAUCUUUCAUGAUUGAAGAUCUAUAUUCUCUGUAUGCCCAACACAAGGAUAAAUUACAAGCUACUUUUUUGAAGGUUAAGUCAAGGUUUUGUAGUGAGGUGGAGUUGGAUGAGUUGUUACUCCAUGGUAAUCUAUAUGAUAGACAAGAUCACGGGGACCGUAACUGUUGCCGGUAUAAUCUGGUAUCAUGGAAUCUUCGUUUGCUGGGGUACUUUCUGUUGCCUUAUCAGCUUCCUGCAUUGUAUACUGCUAGAUGCCAGGAAUGA